CUCCUGAUGACAACUUCUACGCAGAUCACAUCUGUGCCAUCAUCUUCCUCUGCAUCUCUCGCCAUGGACACUCCAACAUCGACGGAACUACAACACCUACCUCUCUCCACAGCGCCACCGGUUUCUGCUUUAACACUGCCUCUUUCCUCUACCCUGUCUUCUCUGCAGGUUCUUCAGCAUCGUUCCUCGCCUGGGCUCUCCCAUAUGCCACCGCCUUUGACGUCGUAUCAUCUCUUUAAUAUGCCAGAACCUUUUUCAUGGACUCCACAGACGGCAGCAGUGACAUCUCCUUUUUAGGCGGUUUCCCUUCCUCCUCCGCCUGGCAGAUCUUCGGCCUUGGAUCAACGGUUAUCACCACCACCUGUUUUCUCCGGCUCCACCUUCUCCGGCCAACUAGGUGUUUGCCCUCUGCCGCCACAGUCCAAUAUGCAGCUUCCAGGUUUUAACUCAACUCCUUCUUUUUUGGCAUCUAUUGCAGCCUAGUUGGGUUUUUCAACACCCAACGUCAAUAAUAUUGUGACUACCCGGUUAAAUGCGGUUGAAGAUUAUCUCCCGUGGCAGACCCAAUUUGAGUCUUUUCUAGUCUCCCAUAGUCUUCUUGGGAUUCUAGAUGGCUCAAUUUUGGCACCGUCUCAAUUCACGCAUGAUUUCUCUGGGCGCGAGAUUCCAAGUUCUGAGUAUCAUCACUGACUUAAGAUUGAUCAAACUGUCCGAUCCUGGUUAUUUGCUACUUUGUCAAGAGAUAUUUUAAUGGAGGUUUAUGACCUCAAAUUUUCUGGCCGUAUAUGGGAAUCACUUGAAACGCGCUUUAUGAGUGCAUGUCGUGCCCGUUCUAUUGAACUUAAGCGACAAAUUUCUCAUAUUAAAAAGGACACGCAAACUAUAGAUCAAUAUCUCUUGGAGAUUUAAUUGUUGGUUGAUACCUUGACUGCCAUAAACUCUCCCGUUAGCCCCCGUGAUUUACUUGAGUAUACUAUUAUUGGUUUGGGUCCGGAGUACGCAUCAUUGCUUGCCAUCAUUGACUAUAUUCUGGAGGAUCUUACUCUUGAAAAAUUACGUCCAAUUUUGGUUGCUAAAGAACAAAGGAAUAUUUAUUUACAUGCCCAAGACACAUUACCGCCCCACCAGGCCUCAUCGAGGGGGUGCAGCUCGUGGUCAAGCUGGACAUCAUCCCGGGAGUCGUGGAUAUUGCGGAGGUCAGCGUGGUUGUGGCCGUGGUUAUGGGGGUCAACAACAUCCUGGCGGUGCACAUCAGGUCUAUAGCAGCCAGCAGCCGCCUCUUCUUCCCUUGCCUCCUCACGGUCAGCAGCUCCCUGGACAACAGUUUUAUGGUGGACAGCAGGCUCGUGGCCCGCAGCAGAAUGGGAUUCCAGGUACAGUUUUAAGUAAUUUCUUGACUAGUUAUUCAAACGUUAAUCAUCUGUCUACUUGCAGUACUAAUCAUGUCAGUGCAGGUUUUCCAUAUGUGGAUGAUACUUAUUCUCAUACUCCUGUGUCAGUUGUUUGCCAAAUCUGCUUCUCCCCAGGUCACUCUGCUCUCAUGUGUCCAAGAUUUGUGGGUUCCUCUACUCCUGCCCUUGCUCCUCUUCCCACGGGCGAGCAUAAUGCGUCUGUGUGGUAUCCUGAUUCGGGUGCCUCAGCUCAUAUGACCCCUCAUGACAAUCAGACGGGGGUGCAUCUUCUUCAGGGCUCCAAUAAAGACCAUCUCUAUCCUUUCCAUGCUCUACAAGCGACCUUAGUGUCUAGACCUAUCUGACAUAAACGUUUAGGGCAUUGUGGUGAACGAGUUUUACAAACACUUCGGCAACAUAAAUUGAUUUCAGUUUCUAGUAAUCUUUCUCAUAAUUGUGUUUCUUGUAAGUUGCGUAAAUCCCACAUACUCCCGUUUACAGAUGCUAUUCAUAAUUGUAUUGCGCCACUGGAACUUAUUCAUUCUGAUGUUUGGCAAUCGCCUGUUUUGUCCAAUUUGGGGUUUAAGUACUAUGUAUGUUUCAUUGAUGAUUUUUCUCGUUAUACUUGGAUUUAUCCUAUGCGGCGCAAGUCUGAGGUAUUUACUCAUUUUUGUAAUUUUCAAACGCUUGUGUAAAAUCUUUUUAAUCGAAAAAUCAAAACUUUUCAAAGUGAUGGUGGUGGGGAGUUUGAUAAUACCAUUUUUAAUAAUCAUUUCUUAAAAUAUGGUAUUUUAUUUAGAAAAUCUUGUCCGGAUACUCCUACUCAAAACGGUGUGGCUGAACGUAAACACAGGCCACUUCUUGAAUUAACUAGGACUAUGUUGAUUGAGUCUUCAAUUCCUUCCGUUUUUUGGGUUGAUGCCUUGUAUACGGCUACCUAUAUUGUUAACCGUUUACCCACUCCCAUCCUCCAUAAUUUAUCUCCUUUUGAAAAACUUUUUAAUAAAUCCC